UCUUCUUGGCCAGCUCAAGCUGGGGGCGAACAGGACUCGCACAUGGACCAGUCCGGCUACAAUGCUGGGGGUGACCAGUCGUACGACAAUGCGCCCGUAGAUGAUGACAACUAUGGCCCAAUCAACGUGAAAGAAGAUGGCAAGAUGUUCAUCGGCGGACUGAACUGGGAGACUACAGAAGACUCCCUCAAGGGCUACUUCUCGCAGUUCGGUGAAGUUAGUGAAUGUACCGUCAUGCGUGAUGCUGCUACUGGACGUUCUCGAGGAUUCGGCUUCCUCACGUUCAAGGACCCCAAGUGCGUCAACAUUGUCAUGGUCAAGGAGCAUUACCUUGAUGGCAAGAUUAUCGAUCCGAAGCGUGCGAUUCCUCGUGAAGAGCAGGAAAGAACGAGUAAGAUCUUUGUCGGUGGCGUCAGCCAAGAAGCCACUGAGGAAGACUUUACAAACUUCUUCAAGCAGUUUGGUCGCGUCGUCGAUGCCACACUUAUGAUGGACAAGGAGACUGGCCGACCCCGAGGUUUCGGCUUCGUUACUUUCGAUGGUGAUGCAGCCGUAGACGCUACUCUACGCGGUCCCCUACAAAUUCUCGGCAAGCAGAUUGAAGUCAAGCGUGCUCAACCUCGUGGUAACAUGCGUGAUGAUGAUGGAGGCGACGGCAACAAGAAGUUCGGCCGCGGGAACAAGUUCAACAAAUUCAACGACAACGGUAACGGUGGCCAAGGUGGCGGCAACAAUUAUGACAAUAACGGUGGAAACAUGCAAGGCCAAGGUGGCAACAGCGCCAUGUCCCCUGCCAUGAUGGCUCAGUACUGGCAGCGAAUGCAACAGUACUUCCAGUCCAUGCAGCAAACCCUCGCUCAGCAACAAGCCGGUGGUGGUAUGCCCGGUAACCCCAUGGCUGCCAUGGGUGGUAUGAACCCGAUGCAAAUGCAGCAGAUGCAACAGCAGAUGAUGAACCAAGGUAUGAACCGCGGCAAUGGCUCUCCGAACCCCCAGAUGAUGGGUGGUCCAGGUGGAAUGAACCCAAUGCAGAUGCAGCAAAUGCAACAGAUGCAGAUGGCACAGAUGCAAGGUGGUGGAGGCCCAGGAGGUCAAGGUGGUCCGGGUAUGAUGAAUCCUCAAGGUGGCCAGAGUGCCGGUGGUCCACGCCCAGCUUACACCGCUCAAGAUCAACUCGCUUUCGAACAGCAAAAAUACGAACAACAGCAGGCACGCCGCCAGCAGCAACUCUCCGGCCCCGCCGGCUUCGGUAACGCUCAGGGAGGACCUCAGAGCUGGGAUGGUAUGUACGACGACGCGCCCCAGCCAAACAUCCCCUCUGGUCCUGGAGGCGGUCGCGGCGGCUUUAGGAACAACCGUUCUCGCCAGGGCUCUAGCCAACCCCCUGCUGGUGGUGGUCAAGCCCCCAUCAACGCCCCCACUGGCCCUAAGAACGCUGGUGUCCGAGGCGCGAACUACCGUGGUGGAGGUCACCGUGGUGGUGGUGGUUUCAGGCACCAGCCCUAUGGUGGUCGUGGCGGUUAGAUGUGGAUCUAAGGGUUUGCUAGAGAGAGUGCCCAGAAAAGAGUUGGAAUUAUACUAAACAACCGGCUUGCUCAUCUUAGGCUGAGCUAGGUUUGUACUUGGCGGAAUAAUCGAAGGUGUGAUAUGCAUGGCCAAGAUCGUGUUUAGGCACUUGCUCUUUUUUCCCUGUUUCGGUUUGAGAUGGAGGAGAAAGCACAUGAUUUUCGGACUUACAGCAUGAAUAGGAUGGAGCUUUAAUUCUUUAUGUAUACUAGCAUUCUUCAAAAAGUCCAUUCCGGCGUUUUGGACCUUUUGAACCUUGUCAUCUCCUUGAUAAUUAUAGAGUGUGACGACCGCAUGCAAUCACCUUCUGUGAGACAAACAUGGUCCCUAUAUGUGGAAAUGGUCUGAUAGUUCUAGAAAAAGGUUGUUCUGAAUGCCCUGGUGACAGAGCGGGACUUUUAUACCUGGACCCUGAUCACGAAAGAAGCUAGCCAGAGAUGGCAAUGCAG